UUUGUUACAUGUCGCCUCUGCAAGUGACUUUGUACAACGAAGCAGUUAUUAAGCAGCUAAGUUGCGUGAGCUUGACAAAAAUGCUUGAAACCGCCGUUAAACUUCGAGACAUCUGCACGCAUCCUUACCUAGAGAGUAAUAGCGAGCAUUACCAAUCCGGCUUCGUAAUGAAGGAAUUAUGUUUCUUACAUUUGCCGGCCAUUAUUAUACGACUCUCGACCCAUAUGAGGAGUUUACAAGGCGCGUGCAGAGUGCGAGCCGCUUCAUCGAGUGCCGACCCGAUCACUGCAGCUUACUUUUCUGGGUACGACCCGCACACCAAGUCUGCGCCGCUUCGGUUUCGUAGCUCGCUUCUCUGGAAUUACGAGCCCAACCAACCAACGCAUGUUUUAUUUAAAAAUCGAGACAAGAACUUUUGUGAACACGAUUAUUUGGAAGAAACCAAUUAUUUACAUCGACUCUGCACCAUCAGCACUACCACCGACCUUCUCGACACAAGUCUGUUCGUUUUACCCAAAGUGAUCUCCUGUGGCUUCUCUUUAUAUGUCUCACGGCUUGGCCUGUUGAGGUAUCAGGCGGUGCGACCCGAUCUUCUGCGCCCUGUUUAUCUGAGACCCCUUCUCUACCGCCGUCAACUGACUUCUUUUUCUAGCGGAAAACUUAGAACGCUGCUUUAUCUGUUAAAAAAGCAUUAUUGCUCCAAAAUUAUAUUGAUUGUCUCCAAUUCUAAAACAUUGGACUUACUUGAAGGUUGGCUCGGCGCCAAUGGAAGAAAGUGGUUGCGUAUGGAUCACACGCAUCACCCUCACCAUCACUACAAGAAAAUGGUACACUUUAACGCCGCUGCUGCCCCCACUUUGCUGUUGUUGUCUUCAAAAAUUAUGGGGCCUGCGUUGUUACCAGCCGUGGCUGAUGUUAUUGUUCACUUUGAAACCGAGUGGUCUCCUCAUUUUAACAAAAAUACUUACGAUUACUGCUGCAGAGUACGCACGAGUGUACACACUGAACUGUUAGAGUAUCGACUAAGGACAGAAACACCGCUGGAGAACAGUUUACUUUCCGGCAACAGUUGCAUGAACGGAAGCUUGACACCGCAUCUACUUUUCUCUCUUGACAUAACCACUCCGGUGGACCCCUCCGCCGUCGAAAGUUCAUAUGUUAACUUUCUCGCAUUGGUUCAUGGGAGUGAAAAAAAUUGCUUUUGUCUAAAUAAGACCACGGUUAGCUGUCACACGGUAUUACCCGAAGAAGUAAACCAAAACCAAGUUCCACUCAAAGCACUGGAAGAAGCUCUUUACUUUACUGGUGAAUAUGAUGAUAAAUGUGCCUGCACCUCUUACGGGGAGCUUUUGUCCUUGUGCACCCCCAGUAGGCUUGGAAUCUGUAAAGCUGCAGCUCUUAAGGCAGAAGCCACAGACGAUUGUUUAAUACCUUCCCGCUCUCAAUACAUUGCCAACAUUCAGGAACUUUUCUGUCGCCGUCUUCCCAACCUCCCUUUGACUGAAAAAUUAUUAAAAUUAUUCCGCCCUUUUAUAAACGAAAAAACUAUUAAUUACUCCUUUAAUACGGCGAGCGAUCUUGAUAAGGACUUGAACUGGAAGCUGGAAUGGCUUGAAUCAUUAAAUACUGAAGAGGAAAAGUGGCGAUGCUUCACAGAUCACCCACUCUUUUUUGACAGUACGUUCUGCCUAGAAAAGUCGCGCGAAAUGCCUCUCUAUGGCCCAUUCUUUGACCAGCUAUUUGCUCAAUCAUAUUGCGAUCUUUCACACACUUUCCUUUAUAAUAUUGAACCCAUUGAAUCUAAAUCACGAAAUAAGCGCAAGCAUAAGCAAGCGACGGAAGAACAUACCAGGAAACUUUCUGACCUUGGCAAACCAGCUAAAAAUCAGAAGCUUAUUAAGAAAUUAAAAGUUGAAGCUAAGAAGAGUGUUAAGAAGUUUCCUGCUAGCUUGCGUUUCCUUGGUCCUUAUAGUUUUCUGAAGGAUGCUCCCUGGAUUGUAGACGAGGAGUGCGCGUUGCUUGAGUUUAUAUCUUUAUCUGGUGAAGUUAAGCCAGAAGACCUAAACUGGGGGCUUGCCUGCGACUUGGUGCAGUUUACCACUGGAAACUUGUCCCGCUUGCGCUCGCCUUCGCAAUGUAGAGACCAUUGGAAAACUUACUUAUUUCCAAAGAAGCGGCGUUAUUGCGGAGAUCAGAAAGAGUUGAAAACAUCUACGAACAUAUAUAAAACUUGUACUGAACAGCUUAAGCGCUCCGAAUCUGUCAAGAUAUACAAGCAAAACAUAUUGAACGUCUUUGAGGCCAUUCGAUCUCUCGUGAAAAAGGCGUAUGAGGAUCCCAGAUUCGGCUUCAGACGAGAGGGUCCUCCGGCAAUCACCGUCUCUUCCCGGCCUCAUGAUUCCCAUGCGGCCACAAUAAUUGGCGCAAAGAUCAAUGAUGGUUUGCUGCCUGUGGACCUGUCAAAACUUAUCGAGGAACGGGAGCUGAUGUUUCACGUCCGACAAAAUAUCUCUAAUAACUUAUACAGUAUGAAGGGCGGAAAUAGCAGUUACGACAGUGGCAGUAAACGCUUUAGUGAUGAUGAAAACGCUUAUGAAAGUUUUAGAGAAAAUCUCCAAGGAAGCAGCACGGGGAGCGCAUGCGGGAACCAGGCCAUCACUCAGGAGGUUCUUUCAGGUUCAACCGUCAAGAAGCCUGCCAGAUCUCUUAGCUACAGUCCACGUGCAUCGCGACAACCCCCGAAUCUAUUCGUUCAGCCCCUGACUUCAAGGUUUCAGCUACCGGGGCUUGUAGUCCAGCAGGUGCACCGAAGCGGAGUGCCGCAGCCUCCACCUGAUGCGGGGGCAGGGACCCGCCGAUCGCCCUGGGCGUCUUGUCCCUGGCCUGGAAUACCGGUGCAAAACGCCUCAUUGCUGCCUCCUCAGAUUCCACGAGCAACGUCCGGGGUAGAACCACCCGUUCUGAUUAUGUCGCCCCGAACGUCCUCUUUAGCUUUACCGCCCUUACAGAGGCCGUACCCCCCCAAAUCAAACAACUAAUUAUUUAAACUUGCUCUUUAUUAACAACGAAUGGCCUUAACGUACUUUCAGAUUUAUAAUUCCGUUGGGAGAGA